AUGGCAGAAUCUCUCACCACCUUCUCUGAUCCAAGGACAGAAAUGAGCAUCCUGGAAACCAACCAGUACUUGUGCUCCCAGCUGGAAAAAAGCAAACAGAACUUCCGGGACCUCAUGGAGAAAUUCCUCACAUCCAAGGCUACUGCUUACGUCCUGGCCAACCAGCUGCAGAAAUACAAGAGUGAAGAGUACAAAGGCCUCAUCAAAUCCGUGCUGGAGGAGGAAGUGCAGUUUGACGGGGAGCUGGCAGAGAAGACGAGACGGACUGCAAGGCUUGGGAAAUAUGAUCCCCUGAUUCAGGCUCAGGCACGAGAACUGACCCACUUACGACAGAGGAUACAAGAAGGGAAAGGUGUCUGUUAUCUUUUCAUUCAGCAUACAAAGAGCACGGUCAAGUCUUUUAAGGGCAUCCUCAGGAGCACUGACAUUGCCCAUUACCAGGGACAGAGAUUCUGUGAACAACUGGCCCACGGAAGCCAGCUGGCAGAGAACCUUGCCAGCAAACUCGUCACUGAAAAUUACAAUGAUAAGAAGGAUGAAGAUGGACAGGAGCCAUUGGCACCCAGGCUCAGCAGGGAGCUCCAGGAGGAAGUGAAUGAAGCCCAGGAAGACUCACUAGAUGAACAGUAUUUGACUCAUUCCAGUCGCUGUGACUCUGACCAGCCUCCCAGCAGCAGUGCCUUCCCCUCUGAUGUGCAGGAAGCCAGCUCUGCUGUGGAAGUCACCAAAGAUGAGAUCCACAACCUGCACCAACACCUGAAGGAAGUUCUUUUAAUCAAUGACUGCCUUCAAGAAAAGCUGGAACAUCAUUUCAGCAUUUCUGACCAAGGAAACGGAUGCACGUCUAACCUUAACAGGCAGAGCUUGGAGUCUGCUGCCCAGCUGUACAAUGAAAACAGAGGUAUCAGGGAAGAAAGUCUGAGCCUUCUGGCUCACCUGAAUCGUAUUUCCAGAGGUAAGUGGUCAAAACCCACAAGAGACGGUCACUCUCAGCCUUCUUGUCUCUUGCCGAGCAACAAUGAACUUAAUGAACUCAUCAUUUUGAGUCUUAGCUUUAGUCCACGAUCAGCAGGGUCCAACGGCAAGUGGCAUCCAUCUCUGGAGGGCGUUCUCGUCCUUGGCUCGUUUGACCUAACCUGCACAAAUCCAGGCUCCGUCGCCCUCAACUUCCACCGCCGUGGGGGUGGUUGGGAUGAUAGCAAACGGUCCCUUCCAGUGAGGCUCCAAGCCUCCCACUUGGCGGCGGCACAUCCAAACCAAGUCCCUAGGUUGACAAGGAUAUGGCUUCACCUCCGUCUCUGUCCCAGUGUGGGCAGUUCAGAUCCCUGCAAAGGCUCCUUCCAAGACAAACUGCAAUGCCUGCAGUGA